GGCCUGGACGCGAACGUCGGGCGCUAUCAGAACAGCCCCGUCAUGGGCGACGAGGUCCCCGAGCGCUUCCGGCCCGUGCUCUUCGCGGGGACGACGCGGGUCCCGUUCCCGGAGCCCACGCGGGAGCUGCCAAAAGUCCUCCCCGAGGCGACCGAGCGGUAG